AUGGUUGAGUUAACUGAUACAUUUUGGAAACCGAAUUUGAAUGGGAGAUUUUGUCGGAGUUUUCGUCGGAGAUUUGAGUGGAGAUUUUAUGGUGGAGAUUUCUUCGGAGAUUUCAGUGGAGUUGACGAGGAAGAUUGCUACGACCGUGUAGAUUUUGUUGGAGAUUUCGUCGGAGAUUUCAGUGGUGUGAUAGUUUCAAAAGGUGCUUGGCCUUUCUCAACAGCAGACCAUGGAUGGCCUAUCUUUGACUGCACAGCUGAAGGAUUAAAAGCUGCUCUACUAUUAUCAAAACUGCCAUCAGACAUUGUUGAUGAACCACUAGAUGCAAAACGGUUAUACGAUGCUGUAAAUGUCAUUCUUUCUCUACAGAAUAGCAAUGGUGGCUUUGCAACGUAUAAACUCACAAGAUCCUAUAGUUGGUUGGAGCUGCUCAACCCUACCGAAACUUUUGGCGAUAUUGUUAUUGAUUAUCGUUAUGUGGAAUGUACCUCAGCAGCAAUUCAAGCUUUGACAUCAUUUAAGAAAUUAUACCCCGGGCAUCAGAGAGAGGAUAUAGAAAAGUGUAUUAAAAGAGCUGCUAUAUUCAUUGAAAAGAUACAAGCACCAAAUGGAUCAUGGUAUGGCUCUUGGGGAGUUUGCUUUACCUAUGGCGCAUGGUUUAGGAUAAAAGGGCUGGUCGCUGCUGGAAAGAACUACCAUAACAGUUUGAGCAUUCGUAAGGCUUGUGAUUUUCUGUUGUCUAGACAGAUUGUUUCUGGUGGUUGGGGAGAGAGUUACUUUUCAUGUCAGGACAAGGUGUAUUUGAAUCUUGAGGGCAACAGGUCUCAUGUAGUCCAUACUGGUGGGCUAUGAUGGCUCUCAUUGAUGCUGGCUAGGCCGAAAGAGACCCAACACCAUAGCAUCAUGCAACAAAAGUAUUAAUAAAUUCUCAAAUGGAGAAUGGAGAUUUCCCGUAGGAGGAAAUCACUGGGGUAUUCAACAAAAACUGCAUGAUAACUUA